AUGGAUGACUUGAGCCUCGAGGACAUCGUACGGAAGCUUUCUGACCUCGAAGUGGCUCUAUACCUGUGUCUUGUCGCGCGUGAACAUUGCUUGAUUGAAACCACCAGAGAUGGUGUUCACGAUCUUGCCAAAGAGCUAGCAUUAAUAUGCUCAAAUACCUUUGACUUGUCUUAUUCCAUCCUGGAUUGUUCUGCGACAACAUCUAUUGGAGACAUUCAGCAUGAGAUCCUCACGGCAGACGCUCGUAAAAGUCAAGAGCGUCCAUCUUAUUUUCGCUUGAAGACUGAGUCGUCCAGCAAUCUUUCAUUAGGAAUGACUCCUAGAGAUCGCAGCAAGUCCCCAAUCCCGAGCCCGCUUCCCACGGACAUAAAUGCGGUCAACGUUGUUAUUGCCAAGGAUUUUAACCUGGUUGACGAUGAUGUUCAAGGCCAGGUUUUGCAGUUAAUGCGAACCAAGAAGUUGGUGACUGAAAGUGGCUUUUUGAAUGCCCCCGGAGACUUUCUCUUCAUUGCACUCGUGACGAAAGAAUCUGAUCAGCUUCGACCACCAUUGAAACUACAUUUGAAUGAACAAUUACUGAUUUCCCACUAUCAUGACCCCUCGGGUGGCUACUUAUAUCUUGAGGAGAAUGAAUACUUCUCAGAUAGCCAAUUAUCUGCGUGUUCUGUCAUUCACACACCGAAGACCUUUGAAAAGAAUAGGGCCAAAAUCGACCAUCUGGCAAUAAACAAACUCCGGGAGGCGAGUAGCUCUGUCACAACCAGUGCGGAGGUGGUUCGGUAUAUUCAGGACAUUGUUGUCUUCUUACGGCUCAGUCGCGCAGUUGCUGGGGGGGGUUUCUGCGAAGGCGAAGAACGAUUUCGCUCGAUUUUCCAAGUAAGUUUUGAUCAACGCUGCAGAUACCUUGCACCGCUCCACGGUAUCGACUACCUCACACCAUCGAUUGUAGCUCUGGCUGCAAGAAAAGUCUUCCGCCAUCGCAUCAUCGUUGCGAAUCCCGAAGACGAUCGAAGUCUACAGUACGGGAGUGGUCUUAGGGCUGUCUCCUCAAUUCUGAUUGACGUUACGCCCGACUCGAUAUUAGAUGGGGUUCUGGCACUGGAACCUCCAAUAUGA